AUUUCAAUCACGAAAUCGAGAUUUGUUAAUAUUCGUUGUGAGUGCCAAGCAGUCGUGACUGAACUAUCGGGUUUUGAACACGCUUCCAAGCGAAUGCAUAAUUUUCAUUUUCGGCAAUAAUUAAGAAAUCCACGAGUGCAAACAAAUCUGAAGUUAUUUUCCCAGCAAACAAAUACAAACGAGACCAAAACACGACCCGGAACCACAAAAGGACCGGAAGGAAGUGGAAGAGGAGGCCGACGAAGAGCAACCAUAUAUUCUGUCCCCUUGCCCGUGUAUGCGUGCGUGUGUGCGGUAGUAGUAGUAUUUUUUUCAUUUCUGUUUUCGCUGUACGUGCGGAUUGAUUCAUAUUGUUUCAUUACGUGAGCUAUUGCAAUAUUGUACAUAUUGGGACGAGGACAAAGCCAAUCGGAUUUCUCCCGGACCAUGAACACGAGCUUAUUGUUUAUUCGAUUUAUGCGUAAAUAGAUGCCGCGUCCGAUGUAGAGCUGCUGAUGGCCCCUUUUAUACGGGGGCCGCGGCCAAUGAAUCUACAGCCCAAAAAAAGAACAAAAAAAAAAAAAAAAAAAACGAGGAAGGCAGAGACAAAAACAAAUUACGCCGUAGGUGAAAAGAAAAGCGCCAAGAAGCAGAAGACGCAACAGCGAAUACGUCAAAUAUCUCUAAUCUCCAAUACCAGUGCACACUAAACGUGUGUGCUCAACAAAAAAUUCUAGUGGCCCCCAAACAAAAACAACAGCAACAAGAAACAUCCGCUGAGGAAUUGACAACUGAUACGUAGAAUUAUGAACGUAGAGAGCCAACUGAAGACACCGCUAACGCACAUACGAAAUCUGGUCAAGCACGUGAACAAGCGAAAUUUUAAUGAGAGCAGCGAACAAAUAAAGCAGUUCGUUAAAGAGCACGGCCUGGAAGCGGAUCGCAGCAGCCUGCGCCACCUGUUCUCCGUGAUUAGCUUCAGCGAUCCUGCGCCAUCAUUUACCGUUCAGCUGCAGGCGAAGCUUCUGGGCGCCCAGUUGCAGCGGCAGCUGCAGAGUUCUUCGUUUGUAUCCAACAUCUGCUACGCUUUUGACCAGUACUUCGCCAGCAACCAGAAGUCCUUAAAGCCCGCUACGGUAGCGGAUAUCGUUGGCCAAGUCGCCCGACUGACCGGCAUCAACAAGGUUUGUGAGUGCGUCUUCGCCUUGGCCGUGACCCACUCCUCGUACACAGAACUCAGACAUUCGGCCAGGAACAAUCUAACAGGUAGCCUCAGCGAACUGAUCGACUCUUAUUUGGGUAAAAACAGUAGCAGUCCUGCUAGCAGCGGUCUUCAGGAGAUCUCCUUCGAUCUACUGCAGUAUUUAUUGUGCUGCCUUAGCGAGUACGUAAAACCGCAGCUGGAAGCACAGUUUUUGGAAAAGCUUCGGGAGGAGUUUCCUCGCCAGGCGGUACCGCUGGUUCUAGCGCCGUUUCUGUACAGCUCGACGACGGCGACGAUUGCGGGAGCAGGUGCCAGCGAAACGGAUGCGGAGGCCGAAGCGACGACUAGCAGCAACAGCUCCAGUUCCGAGGCAGAUGCUCUGAACGAGGUGGGAAUCGAGGAUAUUUAUGACCAUUUAAGCGAGAUAAUAUUCACCAACCAGGGCAAAAAUAAUAUUAUGGACACAUCUUGGAUUAAUCUAAUCCUUGAAAUCGGUUAUGAAUUUACAUCGAGCGUUGAAGAGUGUAAAAAUCAUUUGUGUUCCCGUGAGCGAGAACGCGCUGAGCUCCAGUCCAAAGAUGUUGCCAAGAUCGUGGGUCUUAUGUGCCGCAGGCACUCGUCCCUCCUCGAUUGUAAUGUGAAUCUACCGACGCCGGCAAACUUCUGGCCUGGUCAGGGGCAGGGCGCUGGCAGCAACAGCAGUGGCUCUUCGCAGACACAAAUCACUCCGCAGCAACAGACCCCGGGCAGCAGUAACAACAACGAUGGCAGCGAUGGCAAUUCGUCCAGUGAUAAGAAGGACAAGAAGGAGACGACGGAGGCCACGCAAACUUGGAAACCAGAUGUCUUUGUGCAGGCGCUCAAGGAGGUGGUGCCUCAGCUCAACUGGAAGGACGUGUGCAUGGAACUUGAUCAUCCCGAGUUCGUGCUGAAGGAUCGCAUCGGUUUGGAGCUAUUGCUCACCAUCCUUCGGCUAGCCACUGGCUCUAACAUAUUUCCACAUCCAGAAUGCAUUUACCGUCACUGGGCAAACACGGAAGGUCAGCUUUCGCUUAUCGCGACAAUGCUGAAGAACCCGGAUCUCUUCUCCUUCGCUGACUUUGUAUUUAGCCAACCAGCGUUGGAUGUGCUUAAGACGGCUCCGGAUGCGGACAAUAAGGAGAUCUCGGCCUGGAAGUCGCUUCACCUUUUGGAGGUGUUACUCUCCAUUGCGGACAAGGGAUACUAUACGCAGGUCCAUGAGCUAUUCAAGUUCCCAGCGCAGAACUGUCCAGAUGUUCUGUUUUUGGCCUUAUUGAACACAAAUCCGCCGAUGACGCCACUGCGUCAGGAUCUAUUUAACCAACUGAUACCAACGUUCCUUGGCAACCACCCCAACUCGAACGUGAUCUUGGCCAGCGCCUGGAGCUCGAAUAACUUCCAACUUCGUUCCAAUAUCAUGAAUGCUAUGUCCGAGUGGUAUCUGCGAGGCAAUGAGUUCGAUCAGGUGAAACUGUCGCGCAUCUUGGAUCUUGCCCAGGAUUUAAAAGCGCUAUCCGCGCUGCUCAACGCCCGCUCCUUUUUAUUCAUUAUCGACCUGGCUUGCCUUGCCUCUCGGCGCGAGUACCUGAAGCUGGAAAAGUGGCUUACCGAUAAAAUUCGCGAACACGGGGAGCCUUUUAUGCAGGCUAUAAUCAAGGUUCUGCACCGCCGCUGCCCGCAGGUUAUCAACGCCAAAGUGCCAGAAGACCAGCUGCCUCCCAAGCAGACACAGCUCUUGCCCGAGACAGUUACCACCAUGAUCAACUGUCUGCAAACGUGCAUCAAUAACUGCAUGCAGCCGGAGAUGGUCGAAGUCAUCAUGCAAAUGACCGCGAACGUGGCCAUUAUGGCUAACAAGGCGCGUGCCCAACAGCAGCAGCCAGGAUUGGUUCCGCCGCCACCACCAACAAUUCUGCGCGGCCAUCGUGGUAUGGAUCUGCCUGGAGGAAUUGUCCCCCCGCCACCGCAGCAACCGUUCUCCGGAAACCUCAACGCGCAGAUGUUCGGACCUGGAAUGGAUCCGCUGACAAAUAUGUCCAACAACAUAGCCGGCCUGAACUUGAGCGGCCCGAACGGAGCAUUUAAUUUUGGCAACAUGCUGACCUCUCCAUCGCGUCUGAUGACUCCGGGAGCCAAUCCCUAUCCGCUAAACCUCAUGCAGAUGCCGCAAGCUCCACCACCACCCAAUGUAGGAAACCUUGGCCGCAUGCUGCCAGGGGGUCCACAACAGCAGACUCCAACGCCAACUCCAACGGCCCCCAAUCCAAACAACCCUGUGAUGGCCGAUCUCCAGAUACCUGUGUCGAAGGAAGUUGAAGACGAGGUCAACUCUUACUUUCAACGCAUCUACAACCACCAGCCGAAUCCAACGCUGUCCAUCGAUGAAGUGCUGGACAUUUUGCAACGAUUUAAAGAGUCAAGUAACCGGCGAGAGCAGGAAGUCUUUUUGUGUAUGCUGCGCAAUCUUUUCGAGGAAUAUCGCUUUUUCUGUCAAUAUCCAGAGAAAGAGCUGCAGAUUACUGCGCAGCUAUUUGGUGGCAUUAUUGACCGAAACCUGGUGCCCACUUUUGUAGCUCUGGGCCUUUCUCUGCGCUGUGUUUUGGACGCUCUCCGGAAGCCCGAUGGAUCCAAGCUUUACUAUUUCGGUGUGACCGCACUAGACAGGUUCAGAACUCGAUUGCACACCUACAACAAAUACUGCGAGCAUAUCCGCUCCAUUCCUCACUUCUCAGACUUCCCGCCGCACCUUAUUCAGUAUGUGGAAUACGGAAUGCAUGGCCAGGAGCCGCCGCCGCAGAAGUUGAUUGGCCUCAGCAAUACGAUUCCUUCUGCGAUAUCCACCGGUCCAGUAACGGAACCAAUUUACAGGAACAGCUCCAUGUUAGGUAAUAUGCCCGCCAGCACACCGGGAUCAGGGCCGAAAUCAAGCUCUGCUAUGUCGCAUGCCACGAGAAUGAAGUCCAUCGCCAAUGCCACCAAUAUCGACACACUUUUAGUGGCCAAUCAGGAAGAGAAAGUGACUGUGCCUCCCGAACCUGUACAGGACAAAACUGCCUUUAUUUUCAACAACCUGAGCCAGCUGAACAUACCGCAGAAGUGCGAUGAGAUAAAGGAGAUUAUGACCAAGGAGUAUUGGCCGUGGCUAGCGCAAUAUUUGGUCCUCAAACGCGCAUCAAUGGAGUUUAACUUCCACACACUCUAUUACAACUUUUUGGAUGCCCUUAAGAACGGCGAGAUCAACCGAUUCGUUACCAAAGAGACCCUACGCAACAUCAAGGUACUCUUGCGCUCCGAUAAGGGAGUUAUUAAUUUUUCCGAUCGGAGUCUGUUGAAGAACCUCGGACACUGGUUGGGCAUGAUGACCUUAGGUCGCAAUCGCCCCAUCCUGCAGUUGGACCUAGAUCUUAAAUCCCUCUUGGCUGAAGCUUACCAUAAGGGCCAGCAGGAACUGCUAUUUGUGGUUCCUUUCGUAGCCAAGAUCCUUGAGUCAUCCGCCAAGUCUCGCAUCUUCCGAUCGCCCAAUCCAUGGACAAUGGGUAUCAUGUACGUGCUUGGUGAGCUUCACCAGGAGCCAGACCUCAAACUGAACCUCAAGUUUGAAAUCGAAGUACUGUGCAAAACGCUUAAUCUGGAGUUGGCGAAGUUGCGACCAGUGAUCUACCUGAAGGAUCCCAGUCGAGCUCUUCUUAUUGAACAGCAGAUGUCGCAACCGAAACCGAAACAACUUGAGGCAGUGGCUCCUGCACCCACUCUACCGCGUGAACAGCCAUCCCCGGCACAACCGCCGCCGCCACCACAACAGCAACAACAACCGCAGCCGCCGCCGCAGCAGGCACCUCCACCGCCAUCCUCUGCGGACGUGGACGCUCAAAAUGCUGCCGCUAUGAUGAUGGUAGCAGGGGGAGCUAAUAGUACUCCUGGAUCAGUAUCUUCGCCCAAUUUACCAACCGAUCCCAGCCAAGUGGUACUACCGCCACCAGAGCCGCGCUAUUCGUACGUGGAUGUAAAUGUGAGCAACUUCCAGCUUAUUGGUCAGCAGUUGGUACUGCCACCCAAUACACCGUUCCUGCACGCCAAUCCCGGAAUCAAACAUAUUGUGGUCAACGCCGUGGAGCGCACGAUAACCGACUGGUUGCAGCCUAUUGUGGACCGAAGCAUCCGCAUUGCCUGUGCCACCACCGAGCAGAUCAUCCGCAAGGACUUCGCCUUAGAUGCUGACGAGAACCGAAUGCGCACUGCCGCUCAUCAGAUGGUACGAAACCUGGCCGCCGGCAUGGCUAUGAUUACCGGUAAGGAUGAGAUAGCGCGUGCUAUUAGCCAAAAUCUGCACAAGGCCUUGCUGUCGGCUCUAAAUGGGAUGCCCAGCAUGGCGGAGAUUCAAGCUGCUGCUAUGCAGCUGGCCAGCGAAAAUGUUGAGCUGGUUUGCGCCUUCAUUCAGAAAACAUCGGCUGAAAAGGCAGCGGCUGAGAUUGAUAGGCGUCUAAGCACCGAUUUCGAGACCAGAAAAAUUGCUCGUGAAGAAGGCAACCGUUUUGUGGACGCCCAAAUUCUCAGCUAUCAACAGGAGCGUCUUCCAGAAGCAGUGCGCAUCAAGGUUGGCCCGGCUCCAGCUACACUUUAUGCUGUGUACUCGGAAUUCGCCAGGAGCAUACCUGGCUUCCAGCAGAUGAGCGAUCGGGAUAUUGCCCUAUUUGUGCCCAAGCCGACGGAUUUGUCUCAGCCAAAUGUGUUUGCUAAUGAUGAGAGCAGCAUGGUAUACGCGGAACUAGCAAGCAAAAUGGAGACCUUCAUGAACACGGUAAUGGGUGUGCCAUCACUCCAGAUCCAGGCUAGCAAGAUGCACAUGCUACUCAACGCACUGAUGGCGACGCGUCGACUGCGUGACCAGGAGUCCGCCUUCAAUCUGGUGACUCGUGCGGUCGAGGGUUUGACCGAAGGAUUAGUUAACAUGCAUGAAAACAUGGAACAAAUGAAGCUGUAUCAAAACAUCCAUCUCCGUAUCAUUGGCUUGCUGCACAACAGUUUUGGUGCUCCGAACACAGAGCGAGCGGUGACAAAGUGUUUCUUCGACAUCCGAGAGGAGGUGCGAUAUAACGUAGAGGCAGCUCGCGCACUGAUAACGUCGCACUUUGUCAAUCUCAAUCAGUUUGACGUAAUGCUACGCGACUGCAUGGACAACGGCAACAAUUAUGUGGCCAUAUCGUUUGGUAUCGCACUGCUGGAGCGUCUUAUCAUGGACGAUCGAGUGAUUAACAUUGUUUCGGACAACGAAUUCAUGGCCACUGUUGAGCUGUUAGGUAGGCUCACUCAGCAUCGCCAUCGGUAUCCAGAAUGCAUUGUGAAUGCUAUUGAUACGCUGUGGAGCGGAAACUUCAACUCAAGCAGCGACUACAGCCCGUUCAACGGCAGUGAGCGUUACUUGUCUGGAGCCUCACACUACAUCCACUCCGGCAUGCAUCACGUCAGGUCAUGCGAUACAGAUGAUCCGCCGGGCUUGCAAGAGAAGACAGAGUUUCUGCUUAAGGAUUGGGUUGCACUGUAUACACAACAAAACCAGCAGUCUACACGCGAUGCACGCAACUUCGGGGCAUUUGUCCAAAAAAUGAACACAUAUGGCAUUCUGAAGACGGACGACUUGAUUACCCGUUUUUUCCGCCAGGCCACACACAUUUGCACGGAUGUUGUGUACAGAAUGUUCGCCGAGCCAAGUUUACCAAUCAACCAGGCCAAGAACAAGAUAUUCCAGUGGAUUGAUGCGUUCGUCCAUCUGAUCGCAAUGCUCGUGCGACACUCAGGUGAAGCAGGUAAUCCAACUACCAAGAUCAACCUGUUAAACAAAGUGUUGGGCAUUGUGCUGGGAACGCUGCUUAAGGACCAUGAGAUGCGCGGCGUGAGCUUCCAGCAGGUUGGCUACCAUCGCUUCUUCAUGAUGCUGUUCAUGGAGCUGUGCUCGGCCGAUGCGAUACUCGAGUCUCUGAUGCACAGCAUUGUGUCGGCCUUCGCCUACACAUAUCACUUGUUGAAUCCCAGCGUGGCUCCGGGCUUCUGCUUUGCUUGGUUGGAGCUCAUUUCGCAUCGCGUCUUUCUGGGUCGCAUCCUCGUCCAAAUUCCCGGGCAAAAGGGCUGGCCACUUUACGCUCAAUUGUUGCAAGACCUCUUUAAAUAUCUUGCGCCCUUCUUACGGAACACUGAGCUCGGCAAACCAGUCCAACUUUUAUACAAGGGGACGCUACGUGUUUUACUCGUUCUACUUCACGACUUCCCUGAGUUCUUGUGCGACUAUCAUUUUGGCUUCUGUGACACCAUCCCGCCCAACUGCGUCCAGAUGCGUAACAUCAUCCUGUCGGCGUUUCCGCGCAACAUGCGCUUGCCCGAUCCCUUCACGCCCAACCUAAAGGUGGAUAUGCUGUCGGACAGUAGUAAUGCACCUAAGGUGCUCAGCAGCUACAUUAUGAACAUCCAGCCGGCAAACUUCAAGAAGGAUUUGGACUCGUACCUCAAGGCUCGGGCGCCGGUUACUUUCCUCUCGGAGUUACGUGGUCACUUGCAGGUGACCAGCGAGCCAGGAACUCGUUACAAUAUGGCUCUGAUGAAUGCUCUGGUCAUGUAUGUGGGAACCCAAGCGAUUGCUUUAAUCAGAAACAAAAACUUUGUGCCCAACACCUCCAACAUAGCACACAGCGCUCACAUGGAUAUCUUUCAGAAUCUGGCUGUUGAUUUGGAUACGGAGGGUCGCUAUUUGUUCUUGAAUGCUAUUGCGAACCAGUUGCGCUAUCCCAACAGCCACACACACUACUUCAGCUGUGCCGUGUUGCAUCUGUUUGCCGAGGCCAACUCGGAGGCAAUUCAGGAGCAGAUCACUCGCGUGCUUCUGGAACGUUUGAUCGUUAAUCGCCCGCAUCCUUGGGGACUGCUGAUCACUUUUAUUGAGCUGAUCAAAAAUCCCAUCUACAAGUUCUGGGACCAUGACUUUGUGCACUGUGCGCCAGAGAUUACCAAGCUCUUUGAAUCGGUGGCCCGGUCCUGUCUGGCCAAGUCGAACGUCACCCAGCAGUUGAACAUGCCAGUCGUCGAUGGCGAGGCCCAGGAGGUAGCCAACAUCAACUGAGAAAACGCCACCGUCCGACGCUUCUGCCUGGAGGUCUGCGCGAGACCCAGACGCAGGCAGUAGCUGCCUGGGCAGCACACCACCACAACACCACACCACACAGUACAGCAUUCAUUGAAUUCUACUAACCAUUACUGUGUUUAGUUCGUAGCAAAUCGUUUUAAGGAGACAGUGAAAUCAGCAAACAAACAGCACACACAAACAUUUACAAAACAACCGCAACAAUAAGAAUAGGGAAACAGCAGGCCAGGCCAACUGCUGUGCUGGAAACCGAAAAUCGACAUGUAUUUAAACGAACGGAAGCGAUAUUUUAAAUGCCUCCCCCUUUGCCGGGGAAUGUUACAAAUUUUUAAUUGAGUUGUAUUAUAAAUGGUAGAUGAAGGCGUUAAAGUGUUGAUGACAGAUACUGUGUAAAGAAAUCAAUCAAAUCAGAUUAAAACAGAAAAGCGAAAAACAAAAGAAAAAAAAAAUGAAAAUCGAAAAAGGAAAAAUAUUUUCUACAAAAAAAAUGGCAAAAUGUACGAUGAAAAUGCGAAAAAACUAACAAAUGCGAACGGUCACAUAUGAAAUUUGUGUACACAUAUUGAAAAGCGAUGGAACCAGGAAACAGAGACCGAGUAAACCUACUCUCAACGCCGCUGAGAGCGAUAUUUAUAGACGUGAAUGGAAGAGCAGAAGCAGAAAGUUAAAAAAAAGAUCCUCAAGUCAAUAAUAAUUCGAGUUGUCAAAGUAGCUUACCUCCCAGCCCAACUCAAUGAUGUAUCAUUUGCAAAUUCGUAACCUCUAAGAGUCCCUCAGUUAGUCUACUCGUAUACGUUAACUUUUUAAAAUGUUUCCGCACAACAAGAGCAGCCACUGCAACAUUAACCAGAACCAACCAAUGUUUGAUCUUCUUAUACGCAAUGUAAGCGAUACGUUUUGUUUUAACCUACAUAAUUUUAUGAACUGAUUAUUAACUGAAAUGGAAAUACAUUGAACACCUCUAGCUUGUUAAACGUAUAAUCGAUCAUCCAUGUAAAGAUAAACGCUGUUAGAAUCAGAAAGAUGUAGAGAGAGCGCGGCGCUGAGUCGAAGCCAUUAUCUAUAUAGAUCAGAUCUUUAUAUAAAUAUAUAAAAUAUGUAUUUCUUAAUAUAAAUACGUAACGUAAAUCGAAUUCGAUUGAUGCGCAGUGGGUGUCAGGUGGUAGGUGGUAGGUGGAAGGGUGAAGGGCAGC